GUGAAGUCCUGCUGGAAAUACAGCGGCCCAUACGAAAGCUAGUUCUUCCAGCAGGACAAUUGGUCGUACGUUCAGUCAUUAAUAAACAAUUUUUUCAUGAAAUGGGAGUAAUUAAGCCACAUUAGUUUUUAAAAUUUAGCCAUAAUAAUUAACGUCACUGUGAUAAACUUUUGCUUUUACUAAACUUCAUGCAUUGUUAUCAGAAACCUUCAUUUUCGUAAAAUGUAAAUACAAAAUUGUAAUAACAAUUGCAAAAUGACACUGUCCAGACUAACACUUGCCUUAAUAUUAGCAGUAACAACAUGUAAAUCACAAGAGGAAUGCUUGAGCAAAGAUUUUGGCAACGGUGGCACUGUCUGCGUAUGUAACUCGGAACACUGUGAUACGCUGCCAAAGCUGGAAAAAACAGAAGAGGGGCAAUUUCGCGUUUACACAUCAAACAAAGAUGGUCAAAGAUUUCAGCAAAAAUCGGGAGUAUUUUCAAAAAAGGGCAAAUUGUUCUCCAAAAAUAAAAUUACAAUCGAUCGAAGUAAACAAUAUCAAGAAAUCGAAGGCUUCGGCGGCGCUUUUUCAGACUCCGUGGGCAUAAACAUAGCAUCGUUGGACGAAAACGUGCAAAAAUUUCUCCUACAAUCCUACUUUGCGGACGACGGAAUUGAAUAUUCCCUGUGUCGAAUACCAAUCGGUGGUACUGAUUUCUCAACACGUGCGUAUACUUACGACGACGGAGAGGAAGAUCCUGACUUGAAUAACUUUGCCUUGGCUGAGGAGGAUUUUAAAUACAAAAUUCCCUACAUGAAACAAGCGAUGGAACUACGAGGUGAAAACAAACUACGAUUUUUCGGGUCGCCUUGGAUGGUACCGAAGUGGAUUAAAACCAAUGGGCAGUACGACGGUUUUGGAUUCGUUAAAACGGAAAUGUACCAAACGUGGGCGUCAUAUUUUCUUAAAUUUCUGGAAGAGUAUAAAAAAGAAGGUCUAGAAUUCUGGGCAGUUACCACGCAAAAUGAGCCGAGCUUAGCUUUAGGGAAAGGAGCCAAAGGUCUCGGAUCAACUGGUUGGGAUUCUAUACAAUUGGCAAACUGGGUUACUAAUAAUUUAGGCCCUACCAUUAAAAAUUCGUCUUUCUCAGACGUUAAAAUUAUAAUUCUAGACGACCAAAAGCCCUUCCUACCUUGGUAUGUCAACUCUGUGUUGCGAGACAAAGCCACCCAAAAUUACGUAGAUGGCAUCGCAAUCCACUGGUACCUGGGGCUUAUAACCCCAGGCAGUGUCAUGGACAAAACCCACGAAAACUUCCCUGACAAAUUUAUAAUAUCAACAGAAGCUGCGUGUGGUUUUUCUCCAAAAUCUGAAGCCGUUGCUUUAGGUGCAUGGGAUCGUGGCGAGGCGUACGCCACUGACAUAAUAGAGGAUUUGCAAAACUGGGUUGUCGGCUGGGUUGAUUGGAACAUGUGUUUGGACAUGAAAGGAGGUCCUACCUACAUCGGUAAUUUCAUAGAUGCGCCCAUCAUAGUUAACGCGGGAGCAAAUGAAUUUUAUAAAAAUCCCAUGUAUUAUGUUCUGGGGCAUUUCUCCAAAUUUUUGCCAGUUGGUUCCAUUCGCAUUGAUUCAAAAACAGAUCUUGAUCUAGACGAUGUGAUGGUUGUGGCUUUCCAACGCCCGGAUGAAGGAACAGCAGUUAUAAUAUUAAACAAGAAAGAAAAGCCCGUUAGUGUUAAUCUUAUUGACGAAACCAGAGGAACAGCCGCAAUUGACAUCAGCCAAAAAUCCAUUACUAGUAUUCUUUAUUGGUAACUAGGAAAGUAAUUGUUUAUUUAGUCUACAAAAAAUGUGUAGCCUGUAAUUAAAUAAUAAUAAUGUACACGUAAACAAAUUAAACAAUAUCGCAACAUAACAAGUAAGUUUGCAACAAACCGAUAUAUUUUUUAUACCCUUGACGUACAACAUAAAACUGCGGCUUAUCAAAAAUGGUAAUGUGACAGUGACCGAUAUAUUUUAGUAGACCAUCAUAAACCCAAAAGUAGGUGGGUAUUUAAAAUUUGAUGGUCAUAUUAUAUUUUUUAUUAAAAGUUGUCCACCGCAAGCUUAAUUGCUAUAGAAAAUUAUUAAGUAAAACACCAAUCAAACUGUA